UUCUUGGAAGAAGUAUCAACCAGGACUAAAGAUCACUUCGUGGCACUGAGCAUCUAUAAUGACUCUGAUGAUUGAAAUGUGGAAACAUUCGAGCUGUUUAGGCCUCUACCUUGCUAUUUACUAUUUGAUAUUAGAGGGCUGCCCUUCGAAAUGCAGCGGAAAGCUGACAGAGCUUACAGAAAAAGACGUGAAAAGGGAACGCAGAAAUGUUGGCACUCAGUCUGCAGGUGGGGGAGAAAGCUAUUGGAAUUCUACUCUCAAUCAUUGGUCCACAUUACACGUAAAUACCACCAGAAAUCUGAUGGGUUCAUUCAAUUUAUCACCGUCGAUCGGAGUGAAGGUACCACCAAUGGAGUUACCACAAGGAAUUAGUACAGACCUUGGCGAUUCCUAUGAAAUUCUUUUCAAGCUUGACUGUCCCACCCCCAGGGGAAUACCUGCUAGAGAAGUAUCAAAAAUUCAUUGUCCAGUAGGUCAAGUCUAUGACUUUUUCAUCCAAGUUUGCCGACGUGGUAUCAGUGCUGCUGAUCUGACAGCCCUCAGUAAAAGAGUCAUCAUCGUUGUAAUUUUUAUGCGUCCUAAUAUUUCAUCUCGGUGUUUUCCGCUCAUAACUGAGGCUCACGUGAAUCAAGCCAUUGUCAAUAAGUUGGAUGUAAAUGACACAUCUAUUUCCGGAAUCACGAUUGAAACGGUGGGAAAUUAUCCGACGGUCAAUGCAGCUUUUAAUCUCGAUUUACGCCAAACGAUAUCGGAGGACAUUUCAGUUCAUAGUGUCAAGGCUGCACUGAGCUCUCUUUCCAUUCUAUUUAAUGGCACAAUCUUUACUGUCUUCAAGGUAAUGAUGAGGUAUUUUAAUUGUCCUGAAAGAGAAAUCUUCCGACCAGAUGAAUAUACAGUGCAAGGAGAUACAGUUACUAUCACGGCUACUGGAGAAACGUUUCAAAACAUUGAAUUUUACACGAAGGAACUGACCAAAUUGAAGAACGGGUCAUACGUUCCCACAGGGGUCCUCACAGUGUGCAAACAACCCAUAUUAAACUGCUCAGGAGUCUUCAUUGAAUUAACAAAGGACGAGUAUUUCAUCUCAUCAAACGGUUCUCUUUAUCGAAACGUUUCAGGAGAGGUCAUAGAGCCUGGACGGUUUCAUUUUAUUUAUGGAAGUCUCUGGGUUUGUGUGAACUUCUCUUCGAGUUACUCGACAGAAAAGUUGACACAUGAUCUAAUGACGGAGGAAAUAGUCUCAGGGGUGCUAACCUACGUCGGUCUCUCCGUCUCCGUUGUCAGUUUUCUGAUAGUUUUAGUGACUUAUUCACUGUUUAAAGAGCUUCGCACUUUACCCGGAGUCAGUUUGAUGAAUUUUUCAAUAGCACAUUUGUCAAAGGACUUACUUUUCGUAGCAACUGCUGGCAGAUUACCGAAGCUUGCAUGUACAAUAGUUGCCAUGACAAUGCACUACUUCUUUUUGGUUUCCUUCACCUGGAUGUCAAUAAUCGCUUUUGAAACGUGGCGGGCGUUUUCCAAAAUCCGCAUCAAGCCCAGAAAUUUAAGCAGAAGGCAAAAGUGUGGUUACGUGCUACGAAGAAUAGCAUUGGGAUGGGUCCCUCCGUUUGUUUUUGUCCUUGUAUGCGUAACUCUUGACCAGUCCCACGCGGCUACUUUUCGCUACGGCGAGACUGGGACUGGUAGGGGCUGUUGGAUAAAUAUUCCCACAGCAAAUCUAUUCUCGUUCAUUUUACCAGUAGCUAUCACCAUUGCGUUCAACAUGGUAUUCUUUGUCUUGACUGUGAUAGCUAUACGGAAGACAAACCAGCAGGUGAGAACGGCAACUCACCACGCAGCUAAUCGCAAAACUGCCGCGGUGUUUGCCAAGAUUUUCAUCCUGAUGGGUUUUACAUGGAUUUUUGGCUUCUUACACAGUCUGGUGUCGAAAUACUUUAGGUACCCGUUUGUCAUAUUAACAACUUUCACAGGACUGUAUGUAGCAAUAGCGUUUGUGUUUACAUCAAGAGUAAGGCGACUGUACCGCAGCUUGUUGUGCUCUGACAAAACUUCAACAACAUCAAGAACUCCUCCCACAGCAGAAAUCAGUAAUGAAGAUCGUGUGUAAAUAGGAUUGGUGUGUCAUUCACAGUGAAACCAGACCAAAUAGAUGUUUAAGUUAAAAAAUUAUAACGAAAGCUUAUCGAGAAGCACAGCAUUGCGGGUGCAGAAGCGAUCACCCAGCAGGUCAGAGAAGGGGACGGAUCAGCCCUGUGCUCCGAGUGCCACUGCCAGCCCAGCCCAGCCCAGCCCAGGCCAGCCCAGUCCUCAGUUGCUCUCCAAUGGAAUCCUGACGGCCGACGAAAAAGAGGCCUCGAAGAAACUUGAAGGAGAACCGUAAAAAAGAAAAUGAGAGACAGAAGCUGGACAUUUCGGACAGAUUGAUCGAAUGGAAACUAACAGAAAUCAACGGCGUCCUCUGACCAUGUAAGGCCUUGUGUGCAUCAACGCACGAAGAGAACUAACAAAUAACAAGAGAUUGUAAAUGAAGGUCUCUGACUGGUUUCUACGCUUCCCGUUAUUAUGCUUUUACGAAAGUAUUCAAUUAUUUUUUUUCUAAAAGAAUAUAUGCAAACUUUGAUAACAGCCUGCUCAAAAGAUGUCCGUCUAAACCCAAAGAAACCUAGGAAGAGAGCCGGAAACAGGAAGCGCUUGGUCAGCGGUGAGUCCAUCUUGGUCAUGUUGGUCAGCGGUGAACGACCAAGAUGGACGCAUAGUUUGCAGCUCCGUCCUAGCCUCAACUUUUUCAACGUUUUUUUCGUGCAUUGUAUACUAUUUUCUUUGGUGAUUGUCAAAUUCUUAAUCAUCAGUAUGCCGAGUAGUAUUUACUUAUUUUUUUCAAAU